UUCUCAUUAUUCAACAUCUCACUCUCAUCUUUCAUGAUCUCCUCAAUCACACUCCCUUCCCCAAAACCCUUAAUUUCUCAUCAAAUUUUGCACCUUUUCACAUUAAUUCCUCCCAAUUUCACAUUUCAUUUCAUAGGAUCCAACUAAAAUGCAUUGAAUUUGAUCAUAACUAAAAAAAAAAAAAAAUUAAGGAAAAAGAAUAAUUUUUUUAAAAAUUUCUGUAUUGGGUAUGCUUUGUAGGUGUUUGUUAAUUUGAUUCAGUGAGUUUUCAUGGCAAUGCCAAUGGGAAAUGCAGUAAUGCCGGAGAUAAAGUAUUUUCCGGUAGUGUUUACUGGCGGUGAAGUGCAGCAACAAUGGUUUGUGGAUGAGAGAGAUGGGUUUAUGAAUUGGCUUCGCAGCGAAUUUGCAGCUGCGAAUGCGAUUAUAGAUUGUUUGUGUCAGCAUUUAGGUGUUGCUGGUGAGAGUGGUGAGUAUGAUCAUGUUGUUGGUGCAAUUCAGCAGAGGAGAAUUAAUUGGAAUCAAGUGCUUCUUAUGCAGCAGUACUAUUCGGUUAAUGAGGUGGAGUAUGCGUUACAGCAGGUGGCGUGGCGGAAGCAGCAGAGGUUUGUGAAGCCGGUUGUUAAGGAGUUUAGGAAGGUUAAGCAAUGGCAGAGGUUUGAGGCUUCCAAUGUUAAGGAAGGUAGUAAUUCUAGUGUUGAAAUGCAUAGUAACAAAGCGAAUUCAACGGUUAAAGAGACUCGAGUUGUUGACAAGAUCGAAGAAAUUAAAUGUGAGGGCAUGGUUGGAACCAAGGAUGAUAAGAUUUCAGACAUUGCCGAGGACAAGAAAGAUAGUAUAACAAAUCAUCAAACCGAUGGUAUUUUGAAGAAAUCUGGCAAUCCUCAUGGAUCUCUUUCCAGUUCAGAAUGUGAAGCUGUGUGUUUAAAUGAAGGAAUUGCAUCAAGCCCUCGAGAAAAUGAAUCAAAUUCUAUGCAAAAUGAAAAUCAAACGAAGAAUGAUUCUAAAAUGGGAAAAACUUUUAUAAGCAACGAGAUAUUUGAUGGAAAGAAGGAGAAUGUGGUUGAUGGACUAAAGUUGUAUGAACAUUUACUUGAUAGUACUGAAGUUUCAGAACUAGUUUCAUUGGUCAAUGAUCUGAGGGUUUCUGGAAGAAGAGGACAAUUUCAAGGAAGUCAAACAUAUGUAGCCUCUAGAAGGCCCGUGGGAGGGCAUGGAAGGGAGAUGAUUCAGUUGGGUGUUCCAAUUGCUGAUGCUCCACCAGAUAUGGACAAUUUGACAACAUCGACCAAAGAAAAGAAUAUAGAAUCUAUACCAUCCUUGCUUCAAGAUAUUAUUGAGCGCAUGACAGCCUCGCAAGUGAUGACUGUGAAGCCUGAUGCUAGCAUUGUAGAUUUCUAUAACGAGGGUGAUUACUCAAUGCCAAACAGUUGGCCGUCUUGGUUUGGAAGGCCUGUUUAUACGUUAUUUCUGACUGAAUGUGACAUAACUUUUGGGAGAACAAUUGUCUCACGCCACCACCCUGGGGAUUAUAGGGGCUCUCUCAAGCUUUCUCUCAUACCUGGGUCCAUUAUAGUGAUGCAAGGAAAUGCAGCUGAUUGUGCUAAACAUGCUAUUCCUUCUAUUCAUAAACAACGCAUACUUAUUACUUUCGCAAAGUCUCAGCCAAAACAGUCCCUGCCAAUUGAUGCUCAACGCCUUGGUUCGCCCGCGACAUCAUAUUCGUUAGCUGCACCGAUCAGAACUACAAAUCAUAUCAGUCACCAUCAGCAUCAGUUAGCCCCCAAGCAUUAUUCUGCUGUUGAAAUAACCGGGGUUCCGCCUGCUCCCUCCCUCCGCACACCUCCAAACAGCACGCAGCCAUUGUUUGUGCCAGUGCCAGUCGCAUUUCCCAUGCAAUGUUCUACACCUGUGCCGAUUCAGCCUGGUUCUACAGGAUGGUCCGUCUCUCCUCCAAGGCACCCUCCUCCCCGUAUCCUCGUUUCCGGCACGGGAGUCUUCCUCCCUCCACCUGGUUCAGCUAAUUCAUCUCAGCACUUGCAAGGUACCGUAACUCCAACCACGAUAAAACAAAAUGGGAAAUCAAAUCACAACAAUACUAAUGGUUCGUCAAAAGGUAAAAUGGAUGGUAAUAUGCAAAUGCAAGAAUGCAGUGGAAAUGCAGAUGGAACUAAAGUUGAAAAAGUUAUAGAGGAAGAAGGGAAAAAUAAUGGAGAAAUUGUUUCAAGCCACUGAAAGAUUAUAGAGAAAUAGAAGGCUUGUGAAAAAAGAUGGAUUGGUAUGAACUUAAAUUUGAGUUUAUAUCAAAUGUAAACAGUGGCAACAUUGGAGAUAACAUUAUACUGCAAAGAAGAGAACAAGGGAAGGAUGUAGAACAUUUUGGUUCUGUCUAAAAUCCCAUCUUUCUUUGCUCCAUUCCUUCUUUUUGUUGUCUUGUUAUAUUAUAUAUUAACUUCUAUAGCAAAAGAAAACCAUUCUUAA